AAUUUAAUUAACGCUGUUCGAUAUGAUAAAAAAAACACAGUAAUAGCAUAUUUGCAGUACCAGUUAGUUUUUAAGAUCUUUCUGUUUCAAACACGUUUUACCGAAUUUAUUGAAAUAUAAACAUGUGAUGAUUAAGGGAAGUGCGCCCACGACGUUUGUAAUUUCGGCUUAAUAUUUUGCAUUCGCACUUUCUUUUACACGUGAUACGAAGCGUUCUCUGGUUUAUAUAUAAAAAAAAUUUUUUUCAGCGCAGGAGAUAAUCAGGAAAACUAGAAGAAAAGGAUAUUAUAAGAACGACAAUUGCACGAGAAUAACCGACGAUCUCCACGAGUGGGAUUAAAGAAACGAACAAUAUAAGAUAAUCAAGGGAAAGAAAAAAGAAUUAUAUAAAUGGUUGAAGCUAUACGCAACAUCAUGUCCUAUGGCUACCAGCCACCACAAACUAAUACUCCAUAUAGUCCGAAUUCGCACACAAAUAAACUUUAUCAUCAAGAUGAAUAUAGAACAGACUCAAGAUCUACACCUUCCUGGCACAGACACCCACUUCCAAAUUAUAGUUCACCACACUAUGGUGGAAUAUCGCCUGGUGUUUCACCGCCACCACCGUCCCUGACUCCACAUCCUUCAAAUGAGGGACCAAUCUCAAGUGGAUGUAUGUGUACAUCAUGCAAUCGACCUCCACAGUAUCAUCCGCCAUCUUUACCUCAUCUUCCACAUUAUUCAUCUCAACCAUCUUGGAUUUCACAACAGCAAUCCUUUAGCCCACCUAUCGUUAACAGCAGUGGAGGAGUGCAUAACGAGCAUCAGUCUCCAUCUUGGUCACCAGGGAUGGCUGCAAUGACGGCUUACGAACGAAAUAAUAACGAACCUAGUAUGGUAUCUUCAAAUCGAUUCGCGCAAAUGCAAGAUCCUGGCAGAUAUGCGACUCCCCAGGAAUCAACCAGAUAUUCUUCCAUUCCUGACUCUAACAGAUACAGCCAAAGUCACGACUCGAGUAGACACACGUCAAUGCAUGACACCAUGCCAUCAGAUCCAAGAGAAUGGUCAGCAUCUGACGUACAGAAAUGGAUCCAGUGGGCUAGUUUUUCUUACAAGUUAAAAUCCAUUCCUUCAGAACGAUUUCAAAUGAACGGAAAAGCAUUAUGUCUGAUGGAUCUCAGUAUGUUUAUGUUCCGAGUACCAGAUGGAGGAGAGCGUUUAUAUGACGACUUCCAAACGAGACUAAAGAAAGCACUGUGUCUAGAUCAACCUCCAAAAAUCACCUAACGAAAUGUUCUGUACAUAUUCUGUGUAUUUUUAGUUGCAAAAACACUUUUCAAAUUUUUAGGUUUCUUCACAGGAAGACUUGUCAUAAAUUUAGGGAGUUAACUUUCACUAAUGAUCUAUAUCUAGGCCGUUUUUGUUAUAAUUUUUUCGGAAUCCUUGAUUGCAAAUAAGAAAGUUUCUUCCUUUUAUUUAAUAUUGAUAGAGAAACGUCUUCAUGUACACAAUGCACGCUUUUAGCUACCAAUAAUCAGAGUUCAAACAAAUUCAGCAACAAACUCCAUUACAGCUCAUGAAAAAGUUUUUUAGAACAGUUUUCUGCCAUUAUUUUUGCCUCAGUCUCCCGACAGUCUCACUGCUAGGUACCCAAAAACUACUGGUCGUAGAAACAGCGUGCAUUUUACACUUACUAUUAAAGUCAACCUCGUUCCCAAGCUCUCUUGUUCUAUCAACCCUGUAAAAGUGACAGCUAGACAGGAGAUCUUGGGACAAGAGGUUGCCUUUAAAUAAUAUUAUUGAACAAGUUUAAAAAGUUUUUUUUGGAAUAUUUUUUCGAGAAAAGUGUUAUUUAUGUUAUAGGAAUACUGUAAUUUAUUUCGAGUUAUCGAGUGAACUAGAAAAAUGAAAUUAUUUAAAUUUCAUCAUUUGCUCAUUUACACGUUUAUAUAGUUGCUAUGGUGAUAGGAAACGCCUUUUAGUACGAAACGAAAAACGCAUUUGAAUACUUUAACUUGUUUUUUGGUUAAAUUGGAGACGUAUCCAUUACGUACUCUGUACACAAUGGCGCUUCUUAUAGCAAUGUUUUAUACACAAUGGCGCUUCUUAUAGCAAUGUUUUGUACACAUUGGCGUUUCUUAUAGCAAUGUUUUGUACACAUUGGCGUUUCUUAUGACAAACAGACGAGUAAUAUAUAUAUUCAUAUUUUUGACAUUUUAUUAUAGAAGAACAGAACAUGAUUUAUUUUAUACCCAAAUACGUAAUGCCAUAUUUGAUAAACACAUAUCCAUAUAUGGAUACUGUACAGUCAGCAGUUUUUUUGUAAAGACGUUUGUUGUUUUGAUGUUCCCAGUGACGCAUGCAACGUGUUUGUCAAUUCAUAUCACUUUCUUAGCAUCGGAAGAAACCCUAUCGUAGCAAAGCAAAAAUAUGUAUUAGUCAGCUAGUAUUUUUUAAUUGAACACUCUAGGAAUCUUCGUUUGUAUAUCAAAGGGAGGACUGGGUUUAAAGUUGGUAACAUUUUAUUAUUCUAUUUUAUUUUUUAACAGCCACUUUUCUAGAAAGACUAAAGUCUAAGAAAAAGAAUUGAACAAAAUACGGAAAGCCUGGGAAGGAGUGGUUGAAUUUAAGUUUUUUUUGUUGGAACGAUGUAAUGUUAUGCUAAUUUUAAUACAGCAAAAACCAUAGUGUAUAUAUUUUGUAGGAAGCAGACACGUUUUAUGUGAUUACGCUACUAACUUUAUAACGACAAAUUUACCGACCUCGACCCAAGAGAAUUUCCUUAAGUCUCCAACACUGGUUUAUUGUUGGAGAAGAAAGUGUUCUUGGGUAGAAGUCGCACGUGUAGAUGUUAGGUUUGGGAAUAUAUAGUUGAAAAAAAAAUUGAAGUUAUCUCCA